AUGGGCGUCUUCUCACCAAUGUUUGCGUUACUCAAGCCGACAUUCUCGCUUCCGCUUCGCCCACUGCCACUCGCGCGGAGGCUUCCCUCUAAGGCGGAACGCUCCCCUACCGAUAUAUUUCUACAUCCCACAGCUUUGGCGCAAGAGCGCUCGAUCAGUCAGCAGAUCUCUUUGAAUAAGCAAGAAGUGGCAAAGAGGCAUCUCCUCUUCAAUUGGUCCUAUAGUGAGGCCUUGCGAAGCGAAGCAGCCACUGGUGGAGGCCAACUCUUUUUCAGGGAUUUUUCUAACCCGCUCUUCUCUUACGAACGAAAGCUCCCUUGA